CAAGUACCGGAAGUGUGAGUUGGCUGGAGACGAUAUCAAGAUGUCUGCCAUAUUUAAUUUCCAGAGUCUGUUGACGGUUAUUUUACUUCUCAUCUGCACAUGUGCUUAUAUACGAGCUUUAGCUCCCAGUCUGCUGGAUAAGAACAAAACCGGAUUUCUGGGAAUAUUCUGGAAGUGUGCGAGAAUAGGUGAGCGUAAAAGCCCGUAUGUGGCGUGCUGCUGUAUCAUCAUGGCCGUCAGCAUUUUAUUUUCGGAAUAACAGCGAAACCAUCUGAGGAUUUGAAGAAGAGUGAGAUGAUCCAAGAACAACACCAAGAUCCUAGAACAGGGAAGAUGAUGUGUAAUGUGUUGAGACUCUCUGGGCUUCUGUUGAAUCUCAGUACUGGUGUAUGUGAACAUUUCUCAACCUCCUGGACCAGUUUCUGUAAAUACAAAUAGUUCUUGGUCUCCAUGGUUACGUUCCAGCAGUCUUAGACACUCAUUUUGACUUAUUGAAAGUUUUAUGAGCAUCAGAGGGACAGAAUUUCUUAAGAUGGACAUUGAUGUGUGUGAUAUCAUGCUUGUUAAAUCAUUCGUUUGAAUCUUUGCUCUGUUUUGAAUGGAGACGUUUGCAUUAAAAAUAAGGAUUUAUUA